AUGGAAGGAGAAGGAGGAAGCACAAGGAAGAGAGGAAAAGAGGGUGAAGAAACAAGGUACAAAGGAAUAAGGAUGAGAAAGUGGGGCAAGUGGGUCGCUGAGAUUCGAGAACCCAACAAGCGUUCUCGUAUAUGGCUCGGUUCUUAUUCCACUCCUGUUGCCGCUGCGCGUGCUUACGACACCGCCGUUUUCUAUCUCCGGGGACCCUCCGCUCGCCUUAACUUCCCCGAACUUCUCGCCGGAGAAGCCGCUGCUUCCGACAUGUCUGCUGCUUCCAUCAGGAAGAAAGCCACCGAGGUCGGUGCCAGAGUCGACGCCCUCCACCGCCAGCACCACCACGAUGCCGCCGUAGAUUUUGCCGAACGGGUCGACCUUAAUAAGCUACCUGAACCUGCUAAUUCGGAUUAA